GACAGCCUGAAAGCAACAAGCUUGACUGGACAAAACGCAAACUGCUGCAGUGCCGUACACUGUGUGAUUUGACGGAAAUAGCAUCAAAACGAGGUUAUUUGUCCCCGCUAAACGCCAGUCUGAAUUGGAACUGGAGGAAAGAAGAUGUCGGCGGUUUAUAAAGAUGACCAGGAGGACUGGCUGACAGUGUGUCUCAAGUACCUGCUCUUUGUUUUCAACUUUCUCUUCUGGGUGGGUGGAGCAGCUGUUUUGGGUGUUGGAAUCUGGACACUGGUGGAGAAGAGUGACUACUUGAGUCUGCUGGCCUCCAGCACUUUUGCUGUCUCGGCAUAUAUCCUCAUCCUGGCUGGAGGCCUGGUGGUGGUUACAGGCUUCUUGGGCUGCUGUGCUGUCAUCCGGGAGCAGAAAAGCUGUCUGUCCACGUAUUUCUUCUGCCUGCUGUUCAUCUUCCUGAUUGAACUGGUUGCUGGAGUACUGGCAUAUGUGUAUUACCAGAGGCUGAGUGAGGAGCUGAAGCAGCAUCUCAACCAGACUAUGACGGACAACUAUGCCCAGCCAGGGAAGGAGGCCAUCACAUUAGCUGUGGACAGACUACAACAGGAUUUUAAGUGCUGUGGCAGCAACAGCUCCCACGACUGGAUGAUGAGCGUCUACAUUUCAUCAAAGGUGGCAGAAGGCAGGGUGGUGCCAGACAGCUGCUGUAAAACCAUCACCCUUCAAUGUGGCAAGAGAGACCACCCCUCCAACAUCUACAAGGUGGAGGGUGGUUGCAUCACUAAGCUGGAGCAGUUUCUGGCUGACCACCUGUUGGUCAUUGGUGCUGUGGGAAUAGGAGUGGCUUGUCUGCAGCUGGCCGGGGCAGUCUUGACAGCCUGCUUUAUAUAUCUGCUCUAUAAAGAAGAGGAAGAGGACUUCGGUACAUUGUGAUUUAGCUCUAUAGCAGCUUUGUGGUUUAAUCAACUGGAGAGACAAGAUCUGUGGGAUGGUGUUCACCAGCUGCUUGUACAGAAGGAUCAAGACGGACCCUUACUGAGCAUUCCGGGUCCCCAACACAGCACCUUCAACAGGCAGAUGGAACAAUGACUUGACAAGUAAACUUCAACCUCUGAAUCUUGAACUCUGACCCAGUGAUCUAAGCCAAGCACACAGACAUGUUUCAGGUCCAUUGCAAUCAGAAACAAAUUGUGCCAUUGACCCACCAGGCUGAUUCUUGGUUCCUCAUGUGCAGUAUUGCACGUACAUUCCAAUGGACUUUGAUCCAGGCUUAUACAUCUGUGACACCCGAACUGUUUUAGCAUCAUUGCCUUGGCUUAGAUGCAUGCUUUAGUUUGAGCUGGACAAAAGUAAUGGACCUGGGUACUCAAAAUACAUUCUACUCUGUUAAACUAGUGAUAAUCAAGGUUCGUUUAUCAUGUUUCCACUGUGCUGAUUUAUAUGUUAAUGUUUUUUGCCAUUACAGUACUUGAGUAAGCUCUGUAAGGACACAGUGUACACUGGUGUCACUGUUGAUAAGAAAAGGUAAUUUCUGUUUGUAUCUUAAGUGAACACAAUGUGCCUCUUUCACAAUGAUGCUUGUAAAUAACUAUAUUAAUUCUGUGCCUGAAAUCUUUAAAAGGGAGCUGACAAUGCACUGUGACAAGCUGCAGCGAAUGAAGUCUAGUUCACUGUCUUUAUAUUUGUUAUGUCUACAUUCAUGAAAAUAGCAGCACUGAAUGUUGAACUGUAGGCUGGUUUAAAUUAAUUGAACACCAGUGAUAACACUCAAGUUAUUAAGAUGUUCCCAGACAGUCUACUAAGAAAAGGAAAAAGUAAAGUCAUUUUCUUAAAUCCCUGAAUUUAUAGCUCCACCUAGUGGCUGGCCCGGUCUAAUGUGCAAUUAUAUCUAUGAGCAGCACUACACACUAAGGAUGCGUAUACAUGUCAGAUGAUGGAUUUAAACAUUAACACACUUCUGUGAAUCUUAGACUUAUUUUCAUAUUUUCCUAAACACUGAGGUUUCAUUCUCUGCAGUGAAGAAGCUGACUUCUGUGAGAGCCAAUGAAAGCUGCUGUCUUCACUGCCUAAUCUAUCACAUGCCAUCCUUUUCCCCAUAGAUAUUACAUACGGAACACUGUAGAGGUGAUGAGUUUUGGCUUGGCUUUCGUGGAUUAUCAAGUCAGAGAAAUAGUUUUCUGGCUGGAUGCAUCUGUUUCUGAUCUAAAGAUCAAAAACUGAAAUAUUCAUUUGACAUUUUUCAUUGAAAUCCUUUGCAGCAAUUCAUCAUCAUUGCCAAGGGACCUCCUAGAAUUUGGGUUUGUUUUUCCCCACUGAGUAACUCACAGAUGAAUGUUUGUAUGUGGAUUGUUGAUGAGCUAAUGAUGUAACACUGGCAUGUGCUCCAACUACUGACUGUGCUAUUCAAAAUAUUGAUAUGAAACUCAUAAAUAAAUGUUUAAAUAUUGUUGCAUUAAGAAAUUGCAUUGUGAAAAUGAAAGAAUUGUUCUGGACAGGCAGUUCUGAUGACAUGAUUGGUAUUUGGCAGUAUUCUCGUUAAUGAGAUUUUGAUUAUGGGGGCAGUAUGUUAACUGAAGUCAGUUUAUUUAUUCAGGUCAGAAUCAGGAGUUUGUUCCAGAGGGCUUUACAACUUGUACAGCAUAUGACAUUUUUAGAGCUCAGGUAGUAAACCACUAGAGGGAGACAAAGGUUUUCCAUUUCCAGUGGUCCGAGCUUGAAAUCCAAUUACAUUAAUGGCAAGUGCCCAUUGCUAAUUGCAGAGGAUACCUGAUUAUCAUGUAGAGUCAAUCUACAAUCAUUCAAUUUUUAUACGUCUGAUCUGCUCGCUGCCUCACAAAGACCAUGCUUGAUACAAUUUGCAUGUGUCUUCUUGUGUUUUGAUACCUGUGAGAACCAAACCCUACUCUGCUACUUACUUACUGUAGCAGGCGAGCUGCAGCAGUGCAAUUCAAACAGUAAAUGAUUUGAUUCAUGCUAAAAAUGAUUCUGAGGUCUGUUUUUCAUUCGUGGUGCCUUCUCAUUACAUACAUGUGAUAUCAAGUUUGCUCUUUUGAAUGGCCCAAACUAUUUUCGGCCUGUGUUUACAGCUGCAGUUUCAUGUAAAUUUCUCUGUCUCUCUCUUUU